AACUCGAACUUUGAAAAUUUCGAGUUCACUCGUUUUGAACAGAGCUCAUUCUUUGUUAACUGAGAAUGUUUGCAGGAAAAAAGAAACACCGCACAGUAAUUAUAAUAGUCACUUUGGUGGUUCUGGGGGUGGUGAUAACUAUCCUUGUAUCUGCGUACUGUCAACGAAAGGCGUUGCUUAAGUUCGCAGAAGUGGUAGGACAGCGAAGAAACAAGAAAAUAUGGAUCGCGACCGAGGACACGGACACAGUGUAUCUCGUUGAAAAUUUGCGUAAAUGUAAUGUGCGUGGAGUUAAAGUCGAGGAAUUUAAACUAUUCAAAUUUCAAAUGCUCUCGAGUGCGACAGGCCAGUUUGAUCCUGGGAAUAAGCUUGGACAGGGGGGCUUUGGUCCAGUCUACAGAGCAAAAUUACCUAAUGGACUAGAAAUCGCUACUAACAAGGUCAUCCCACCAAUGCAGGAGGAGUUCUUGAACGAGGUUCAAGUGAUUUCUAAGCUCCAACUCGCAAUCUUCUUCGACUCAUCGGUUGUUGUGUGGACUGUGAAGAAAACAUACUUGGAUUCAAGGCUCAGAAUCAUCCAUAGAAAUCUGAAAGCUAGUAACAUUUUACUUGACACCGAUCUUAACCCAAAAAUUUCAGACUUCGGCACAGCCAGAAUUUUUUGUGGCAAGGAAGAUCAAGCUGCUAAGACGAGAAGGGUUGUCGGGACAUAUGGCUACAUGCCCCCAGAAUACACACUACACGGGCUGUUCUCUGAAAAAUCGGACGUCUACAGCCUUGUGCCAGCUUCUAUAAUGAAGAACAACAGAUGUUACCUAAUAGCAUAUGCGUGGAAAUUGUGGAACGAAGGAAAGAUACUCGACUUGGUGGAUCCACUAAUAACAUACAAUGAUUCUAGAAAGGAAACUGAUGUGCUGAGAUAUGCAAAUGUGAGCCUACUGUGUGUCCAAGAAAUGGCGGCAUGUCUGCCAAGCAUUUCUAAUAUUCUGUCAAUGCUGAGCUGUCAAAUCUCCGAGCUCCCUCGUCCUCAACAUCCCGCGUUUUUUGUCAUGCGGUGGUUAUCCGAAACACGGCCCGUUCAUGAGAAUCUUAGAUAAUGUUCUGCCAAUGGUGUUACGGUUACGGUCCUUGAUGGCCCGUAGAUGUUUCUGGAACUCUGUUUUUCCCUUCCCUCUCUCUCUGUUUUUAGCAAUAGUGUCAUGUUAAUCCUCGUGUUUCAACCUUAAAAG